AUGCCCUUGAAGCGCUCUUAUAAAAUCCAGUUUAAGCGGCACGUCAUAGCUCGUGUUGCGGUCGUGGGGUUAGACACGGCAAUUAAGGAAAGCAUUGUUUCGGGUUGGACUGUGUGGGACUGGCUGAAGAACAAGGAAAAGAUCAAGACUUUUAAGAAACUGUGUUUUACGUUUUGA